UACAGCAAGUUGGACAGUUCAGUUUAGGCGCAAUUUUCCCGGCUGUCGGUGGGACGCUGACUACAAAAAUAAAAACAGAAAAAAAUAAUAAUCAGCAAAAGUAGUUGCAAAAAAAAUAUCGCCCCGAAAUGUCCGCACAAAGUGUUAAAAUCGUCAUCCCGGUGGAAUCCAGUGCAGAGCAGGAGGUAGAGCACCAACGAAACUCGCGCAAGAUGCUAAAGGAGGUUCAGAACAGUUCCGCCAUGAACAAGGAAAAUGUCAUCAAGUCGGUGUUGGGCUCGAAGCUGCCGGCCUUCAUGGCCCACAAGGAGCUGGCCAAAAAGACACUGUUUGUCGACCCGGCGGAGGCCGCCAUCGAGCUGAAGCGCAAAAAGAUGGUCCAGUCCCAGUCGAGCCAGACGUCGCCGGAGAAGGCGUCCGGCUCGAAGCCGACCAUCACCGAGGAGGACCUGACCUCAGUCGAAGGUCCCAGCCAGCAGUACUGGGAGGUGCUGGCCGAGAAGCGACGCGCCGCCCUCGAGGAGUCCCUCUCGGAGAACAUGGACCUGUACGAGAAGCUUUCGUCGCUCGAGGAGGAACUCAGCACGUCCAAGCAGAUGCUGCAGGAGUCGCGCAAUCUCGUCGAAGUGCUGACCGAGCUGCUGCAGGAGGGCGAAGCCGAGAAGGAGGAAGCCGCUGCGGUUGGGAAGCACGGCGGCGGAGCCAGCUUGGAGGACGACAGUGGCGUCGUGCCGGAAGUUCCGAGCGACGACGACGACGAUUCGCUGUGAGUUGGAAACUCUAUCUUUAUUUUUUUGUAAAUAGUUGAAUUUGAACGAUUCUCAGGAUUGUUAAAAGCUGCUCACUGCCAGACCUUCAUUCAUUCAAACAUUAAUAACUAUUACCAUCACCUUUUCAUCUCAUCAUCUCAUUUUUUACGAAUAUUUUGUGUUUUGAACAGAAGAAUGUUUUCACGUUUACUUUUUUUCCUCCAAAAAGGAUCGUUGUUAGGUUUAGUUUUGCGUGACGAAUACAAUACAAGGCGUUGUAGUUCUUACUUUCACAAUUUUAAGCAAAGCCAUUCAAAAAAAAGGGCAAAGAUUAAUAAUGAACAUGCAGUUAAUGCCUUCAUGGAUGGACUGUUUGUCUACACUUUUUUCUUUGGUUCAUAAAAAUUUGUUUUGCUUGAAUUGAAA